UACGUGUUUAUAAUUCCUCAAAAUCGGUUUUUUUUUAUUGUGAAAAACCGGUGUGUGUGUAGUGUGAUUUUUUGUGAAAAUGACUACAAAUAAUAUAAAAUGUUUGGAAGUGGAGAAUAAUGGGAGUAUAUCAUCAACUUCAUGUAAUAGUAUUACAUCGGUAUCGGAUGUAGAUAAUUUAGAAAAUGAUAUAACUGAAUUAAAUAUACAAAAAAAUAAUACAACAAGAAAAAAAUCAACAGUAAAUUCUGCGACAUCAGAUAAAACACCACCCUCUGGUGGGGGUGGUGUUAUAUCUAAUACUUUGCAACGGAAAGCGAAGCGAGUACGUUUUUAUCGGAAUGGUGAUAAGUUUUUUGGUGGUGUUGUUAUUCCCGUUAUGCAGGAACGUUAUAGGUCAUUUGACAGUUUAACAGCAGAUUUAACACGAACAUUAGUCGAUCAUGUAAAUUUACCAAGUGGAGUUCGUUCAAUUUAUAAUAUGGAUGGUAGAAAGGUUUCUUCGUUGGACGAUUUAGAAGAUGGUAAGGCGUAUGUAUGCCUUGGUAAAGGUGAAACGUUUAAACGUUUAGAUUACAACAAAUUAUCGACAUCCAUGCGUAAAUCAGUGUCAGCUGGAUCAAAAACAAGUACACGAUCAUCGUCAAUCACAUCGUCAUCGUAUGAAAAAUCAUUAAACCAUCAAUCAUCGUUACCCCGAAUUAAUACAUCACAAUCGGAUUGUGUCCGUCCGCGAAUUGUAACACUAAUACGUAAUGGUAUUAAACCACGAAAGGUUUUAAGAUUAUUAUUAAACAAACGUAAUGCAGCAAAUAUGGAUCAAGCAUUAGCAUCAAUCACAGAUGCUGUUCGAUUAGAUUCGGGUGCUGUUCGCCGUGUAUUCACAUUGGCUGGUACUCCUGUGCAAACAUUAUCACAAUUCUUUGAGAAUGAUGAUGUAUUCUUUGUAUAUGGUAAUGAACGUUACAGUCAAGAUGAUUUCGAAUUGGAAUUUGAAGAGAGUAAAGCUAUUCAACAGUAUAAGAAAACACCUGUAUUGAAACAUAGAUCUGGCCCAAAACCAAAAAUGCCAAAGAAAACACACAAUAUUAGAAAUGAUAUUAUAAAUACUGAUGAUGGAAAUUCUUUGUUAACACAACUAAGUAAAGAAAAUGAUAUUCCAUUACCACCGAAUUUACGUGCUAAAUAUAACGUUGGAAGAACCAUUGGUGAUGGUAAUUUUGCUGUUGUUCGAGUAUGUAAAGAUAAACAAAGUGGGCAAGAAUUUGCAUUAAAAAUUAUCGAUAAAUCAAAAUGUAAAGGAAAGGAGGAUAUGGUUGAAAAUGAAGUACGAAUUUUAAGACAAGUCAAUCAUCCACGAAUUAUGUCACUAAUAGAAGAACAAGAUACUAGAAAUAUGUUAUAUUUAGUGGUUGAAUUAGUAAAAGGUGGUGAUUUAUUCGAUGCAAUUACUGUUGCACAAACUUUUUCCGAGGAUCAAGCUGCAUUAAUGAUCAGUCAUCUAGCAUCUGCUUUAGCGUAUUUACACAAUAUGAAUAUUGUACAUCGAGAUGUAAAACCAGAAAAUCUAUUAGUUGAAUUGGAAGGUGAUCGUGUUAAAUGUUUAAAGUUAGGUGAUUUUGGUUUAGCAUGUGAAGUUCAGGGUCCUUUAUAUACAGUAUGUGGUACACCUACAUAUGUUGCCCCAGAAAUUUUAGCUGAAACAGGGUAUGGAUUAAAAAUCGACGUAUGGGCAGCUGGUGUCAUAUUAUAUAUUUUAUUGUGUGGCUUUCCUCCAUUUAUUAGUACGGAUAAUGAUCAAGAUAAAUUAUUUGAUGCAAUUUUGUUAGGUCAAUAUGAAUUUCCUGAUGAUUAUUGGUCUGAGGUAUCACCGUUAGCGAAAGAAUUAAUUCAACAUAUGUUACAAUUAACACCAAGUUUACGAUUCAGUGCAGAGGAUGUAUUAGAUCAUCCAUGGUUAGCGACUAGAAGUUAAUUUUUAAUUUUCAACUUUCUUCAAACAAUUUUUCUAAUUUUUUUUUUAUCGUCUAUUUCGCACCGUUUUUAAGUUAUACUAUAAACAAGGUUAGUCAUAUAUUUAAGAUCAGAUUGAGGGUAGGAUUCUAAAAUUAAUUUCGUGAGAGUUAAUACGCAAAAGUACGGGUGAAGCGUAUAAUCAUGUCCAAAGUCUCACUAAAUAAUCCUUAUUUUAAAAAGUUUCCACUAUAAAUAUGUGACAAAUUUCAUUGCAUGAUUUUCCCAUUUUUGUAUUUAAUUGCUUAAGAAGCCAAAGAAUCAUUACUUUUAGGAUUAUUAUUUAUAUUUCGGAUUAUCUAUUAAUUUUCAUAGCACUCGCUCAUUUUAUGUUAUUAUAAGAUAAAGAAGAAAGUGAUAUAUGACAAAUGAAAUAGUUCUAAACUCAAAAUGUGUGCUUUAUAGUGAAGGAAAGAGUUGACUCAUUAAUCAGUGAUUAAACAUAUUCACUAUAUUGAACAUUACAUUGAACAGAUACUUUCUUUUUUGACAAUGAGUGAAAUUUUGAU